GAGAGAUUGUUUAUGAAGUUGAUCGAUCCCAGGGUUGUGCCGACAUAAACAGAUUCUCGAUUCAUGUGGUUAUGUACACAAGUUGCAGUUCUUCUGCUUGAAGAUGGAACAGCCUACAUAUUUAUUUAGGUGGCGACUCAUGGGUGGACGCAGGUUGUGGGAUUCUGCUUGGAGCUGCAGCUUGGAGGAGGAGGAGGAGGCUGUCGAACAGUGUGGGUUUACAAAUCAAGUCCUGCAUGUGCAAGGCUUUUGUUUACAUGGUUACGUAGGGGCUGCAAGAGCUUGAGUGAUAGAUAUUGUUGUAGAAAUUUGAAUCCGCGAAGUCUGCCUGCAACUGCAGAACGAUGUAAAUAAAUGGUCAUAUUGGUGGUGGUGGUGGUGGUGCGGAUGGAAUCGAUCAUGGAGGCUUAUCGGAGAUUCCGAGUGAGGGCUGAGUUUACGUAUGCUUUUCUGUGCCCAGGGAAACUUGGACUGAACCAAACCAAGGGUGUUGUUGUUGUUGUGUCACCGGAAAGGGGGAUGUUGUAAAUCUUGCCGUGCGGCUCGGAUGGUUUUGUUGUUGUUGCUGUUGUGGUUUUUGUGUUUUGUGUGUGUUUUUGUGUUUUUGUUCGGUUGCAGUCUCCUCCUCGGCUCUUUAUAAAUUUCCCCAACCAAUCUUCCCAUAUUUUUCCUUCGCUUGAACUUCUUCACUGUAUCCCUUCUGACGGCAACAGUAUUACCAAGAACCACAUCCCCCGUUUGAAGAGAAAUGUCCAACCAAGCACAGUCCACCAAUGGGGUCCACUCCAACGGACACUCCAAUGGCCACUCCAAUGGGACCAAUGGCCACUCCAACGGCCAUUCUAACGGCCAUCAACAACCCACCUCCACUCCGAUCCUCUCCAGCUCAAAUUCGAUCGAAACCCUCAACCAAUUCAUCACCACCCCAACCUCGCCUCAUCUCUCCGACUCUGUCUCGGGUCGAUGGGCCUCAUUGACCCCCAGUCCUAAUAACACCCGUCCUGAAAAUGUCGGGAUUCUGGCCAUGGAAGUCUAUUUCCCUCGACGAUGUAUCGAUGAGAGUGAACUGGAGAAAUUCGAUGGCGUGGCCGCUGUCAAGUAUACCAUCGGUCUCGGACAAGAACACAUGGCCUAUUGUGAUGACCGUGAAGAUAUCAACAGCUUUCUCUUGACCGUGACCCAAUCAUUGUUGACAAAGUACAACAUUGACCCCCGUUCGAUCGGCCGGAUCGAUGUGGGCACCGAGUCGAUCAUCGACAAGUCCAAGUCAGUCAAGACUCUCCUCAUGGAUCUUUUUGCGCCCUCCGGAAACACGGACAUCGAGGGUGUCGACUCGAAGAAUGCAUGCUACGGCGGCACGGCCGCUCUCUUCAACGUCAUCAACUGGGUAGAGAGCAGGAGCUGGGACGGCCGUUACGGCUUGGUCGUUGCCGGUGAUAUCGCCGUCUAUGCUGACGGCCCUGCUAGACCCGUCGGUGGGGCAGGCGCUGUGGCUAUGCUCAUCGGGCCCAAUGCCCCCAUGGUGUUCCAUCCUGUCCAUGGUACCCACAUGACCAACUGCUGGGACUUCUACAAACCCGCAUUAGCCUCAGAAUUCCCCGAAGUCGAUGGCCCGCUCACUCUCACUGCUUACUUGUCAGCUCUUGACAAUGUGUACGAUCGGUUCCGGGAAAAGAACGCUCAACCCGGCCGUAUGGUUGCCAACGGCUCGAGCGAUUCCAAAGCCAAUACCAGUCUUGAGUCUUUUGACUUUGUCGCUUUCCACGGCCCUUACGGGAAACUUGUUCAAAAGGCCACCGCACGAUUGUUGUACCUGGACUUUUGCAGCAACCCGGAGAAACCGGAAUUUGCUUCGGUAGAUAAGGCUUUGCUUUCGAUCCCCCGAGCCAAGAGCUACAACAACAAGGAGAUUGAAAAGACAUUUGUCAAGCUCAGCGAAGAGAUCUACAAAGCCAAGGUGGUGCCUACGACGCAAUGCAUGAAGAGGCUUGGGAACAUGUACACGGCCUCGCUCUAUGGGGCCUUGGGAUCGCUGAUCGAUUCGGUUGGCGGCUCGGAGGAUGUGGUCGGGAAGAAGGUGGCCAUGUUCAGUUACGGCAGUGGCUUGGCCUCCAGCUUCUUCCAGAUCGAGUUCCGAGGUGAGGUGAAGGAGAUGAGGGAGAAGAUCGACUUGAAGGCUCGGCUAGCCUCGAUGACUGUCAGUCCGUGUGCAGAGUGGAUCGAAGCUUUGAAAGUUCGGGAAGAGAAACAUAACAUCAACAAUUACACCCCCGAAGGCGAUGUCCAGAAGCUAUGGCCCGGCCAGAUCUAUCUCGAGAAUGUGGACAAGAGCUGGAGAAGGACUUAUCGAACCGCUUAGAAUGCACUUCUUCUUCUUCUUCCACCAUCAUCACCCUCACCUUUUUCUUGGGCUUCUUAUAUCUCUCACAACAAUCAUCUCAAAAAGCACCCUCCCAAUCCACUCGGAGAUUCCAGUUCAUCUUCUCUGUUACCGUAUCUUGAGUAUUUGUUUUCUCUUCAUCAGAAAAUAAACUAAAACUAAAACUAAAAAAUCAAUUUAGAUCCUAUCCUAACACUCCUCAAAACCAAAACUACACAUAUCCAUACCAUAUAGGGAGCCUGAGAAGUAGACGAUCCUCUCUCUCUCUCUCUCUCUUGAAGGUUUUUUUUUUUCCUUUUGAGGACUUCUCUCUCUCUACAUAAAACCCUUCAACAACCAUCUUAGACCUCUCUUUUCUUCAUAAAAUAAAAUCAACAAAUAACAAUAAAAGACGUCGUCCAAGAUACAUAUUAUACCUCUUUCUUUUUUUUCUCUUCACAAUAUUUAUAUAUCAUUUCUCACAUUCAACUCUUACUAUUGUUAUAUCAUUGCUAUCUCUUAUUAUUAGUAGACUUAUUUGCUCAUCUUAGUUGAAAAAAAAUUCUUGCCAAUCAUGAUGA